AUGAUGACUAUUCUGGCAGUCACAAAUGCCACUCUCUUUGAAGACGACGAGGCCAGGCCCUCAUCAACCAUUCGGUUCGAAGCCAGUCCAGGAGCGAUCAUGAAUGACAUGUCUCUCGAAAACACCGACAGCAUCAUCGAUGGAACUGGCUGUACCCUGCUCCCCGCCUUCAUCGACUGCCAUAUUGAUGCCGCAGCUGUCAACUCAGCCCUGCACAUCUUUGCGUCAUUUGGAAUUGCUACGGUCGUUGACAUGAGUAGCACCACGGCCGAAAACCAGGCUAUGCGAACCGCAUCAGCUGACGAAACAGGUCUACCAUCAUACUUCGCUACGGGAACCGUUGCGGCGGACCCAGACAGCGAGACAGUACGUCAAUUUUCACUUCGGGACACAGAAAUGGUGCGCACGGAGGCCGAGGCCGACAACUUUGUGGCAAGACGCGUCCAUGGCCCAAGACGUGCAGACUACCUCAAGGCCGUGACGGAUGCCCCGGGGCUUGAGGACGCGGUGCUUGCGAGGCUCGUUGUUGCGGCACAUCAUCAAGGGCUGCAGGCCAUUGCCCACGCUACAACUGCAGAGGGCUAUCACCGUGCCAUUCGCGCAGGAUUUGAUGUCCUCAUCCACGUGCCAAUCGACGGCGAGCUCGAUGAAGAGACAGUCCGGACACUUGCUGCAAGGAAUGUAGUCUGUGUACCAACCCUUUGCGCUAUGCGCCGAAUGGUGGUACUUAUGAGAGAGACUAGCGAGGCAGAAGUUGAUUUCGAUAAUGCAUUACGGUCUGUCAAGCUGCUCUAUAACGCUGGAGUCCGUAUAUGUGCCGGAACAGAUGCAAAUCAGAUGAACCGGGUUCCUGUGGAUAUUGGCAAGAGUCUGCAUGAGGAGAUGGAACUGCUUGUUCGAGCAGGGUUAUCCAAUCGAGACGCUUUACGGGCGGCAACAACCGUCCCGGCUGAGGCUUUCAAGUUGCGUGAUCGCGGACUGCUGCAAUCUGGCCGACGCGCAGACCUGGUUCUUGUCGAAGGCAACCCCUUGGAAGACAUUACGAACACCAGGCGCAUCCGUAAAGCCUGGAUUAAGGGCAUAGAGGUUGAGAAGAUUGCAAAAUCCGUGUGGAAAGCUGACGGACCAGCCGCCAGAUAA